AUGAAGCCGUUAUACCUCAAGCCGAGCAAGAACGGCGAUCCUCUCAGCUGGGCCUUCCGCCGAGUCAAGAGAGCCGUCCUGCUACCGAUGCUCCGUAGCGAGUUCGUCUUCCGACAGAACGGGCAGUAUAGGAAUGCGGCCAAGAAGCUACAGGACCUGCUGACUUUGCUCAUCCGUCAACAGAUCACUGGACCUUAUGGUGCGUCGGUGUACGAGAUCCUGCAAGUCAACCUUAUCAAUGAGACGUCUCGCUAUCGUGCAAUCCAGCAUCAGUGCGACGAAACGUUGCAGCGCAUCAAGAUCAGAGAGGACGUGGCCAUGGUGGCAAAGGCUCUCAUGCUAUUACGCGCUGAAGAGAACCGUCUGACCACUAUGUACGAAAAGUUGAGGUAUCAGUAUUUCGAGCUGGUCUUGAAUGACUACGAAAAUCAGUGGACGCGUGCCAUUGUGGUCAGCCACCACAGUGCGCCUGAGCGACUGAGCCGCUGGUUCCAUGGUAUGCAAGGAACGGGCAUGGGUGCUCUUGUGAAUGUGCCUCGAUAUCUGCAAAACCAAGGGUGA